AUGUUUGUAACAGAUAUUCGGAAAGAAUUUUAUGAUGUUGUUGUUAACCAGAGGGUUGCUCUCCUGGUAUCAUCGGAUAUCGAUGCCCUUUGUGCUUGCAAAAUAUUACAGGCCUUGUUCCACUGCGAUCAAGUUCAGUACACCCUGGUGCCGGUGACAGGAUGGCAGGAGCUGGAAACUGCUUUCCUGGAGCACAAGGAGCAGUUCCGUUAUUUUGUGUUGAUUAACUGUGGGGCCAACGUUGACCUCCUGGAGACGCUGCAACCUGAGGAAGACUCGAUCUUCUUUAUGUGCGACACACACCGACCCGUAGACGUGGUCAACGUUUAUAAUGACACACAGAUAAAGCUGCUCAUCAAGCAGGAUGAUGACCUGAAUGUCCCUGCCUAUGAUGACAUCUUCAGAGAUGAUGAAGAAGAGGACGGAGAGGACUCAGGAAAUGAGAGUGAUGGCGGCUCAGAGCCUUCUGGGAAACGGAGGCGUUUUGAUGAGGCAGCUCUGGAGAGGAGGAUAGAGCGGCAGAGGGCAAAGCGAGAGUGGGAAGCACGAAGAAGGGAAAUCUUGUUCGACUAUGAGCAAUACGAAUAUCAUGGAACUUCGUCUGCCAUGGUGAUGUUUGAGCUUGCAUGGGUCAUGACAAAGGAUACCAAAGACAUGCUAUGGUGGGCCAUUAUUGGGCUGACAGAUCAGUGGAUCCAUGAUAAAAUCACUCACAUGAAGUACGUGACUGAUGUGGCCACGCUGCAGCGUCAUGUAUCGCGGCACAAUCACCGCAACGAAGAUGAGGAGAACUCCCUUUCCAUUGACUGCAUGAGGGUCUCCUUUGAGUACGAUCUCCGCCUGGCUCUCUAUCAGCACUGGUCUCUGUAUGAGAGCAUCUGUAACUCCUGCUACACCUCCUCCAGCUUCAAACUGUGGUCUAUGAAUGGGCAGAAGAAGCUGCAGGAGUUCCUUGCUGAUAUGGGCCUUCCCCUCAAGCAGGUGAGGCAGAAGUUCAACUCCAUGGACAUGUCUAUCAAGGAGAACUUGCGGGACGUCAUAGAGGAAUCUUCAAACAAAUACGGCAUGAAGGACAUCCGCAUCCAGACAUUCAGUGUGCACUUUGGCUUCAAGAACAAGUUCCUUGCCAGCGAUGUGGUGCAUGGUGCCGCUGCCCUGCUGGAGAACGUAGAGAAGGACGAGAACGGCAGUGACAACUUCAUCAAGGCCCUGGACUGCCUCUCCAGGAGUAACCUGGACCGAUUGCACCAUGGCAUUGACUUGGCCAAAAAGAAACUGAUGGCCAUCCAGCAGACCGUUGCCAGCUGCAUUUGCACCAACCUCAUCCUCUCCCAGGGCCCCUUCCUGUACUGCUACCUCAUGGAGGGGACUCCUGAUGUGAAAUUGUUCUCCAAGCCCAUGUCCCUGACCCUUCUCUGCAAGUACCUGCUGAAGGCGUUUGUUCGCUCGACCAGAAACAAGCGCUGCCGGAUCCUCCCCCUCAUCAUGGCAGCACCACUGGAUUUGGAGAAGGGCACGGUCAUCGUGCUGGGGAUCCCGCCAGAAACCGAGACGUCAGACAAAAAGAACUUUUUCGGCAGAGCGUUUGAGAAGGCCGCUGAGAGCACCAACUCCAGGACGCUGCAUGACCACUUUGACACAUCCAUUAUUGAGCUCAAGAUGGAGGACAGGAGCAAGUUUCUGGAUGCACUCGUUACUCUGCUGUCGUGA